AUGUAUUUGUCCCGCAUUUUCCGCAGCACAUUCUGCACCGCCGCCUCUGCCACCUCCGGCGCAGCAACCGACGUUGGCAUAGUUAAAUCACUCUCAAACGAAGUCUUCAAAGAACGCAGCCACAAACGCCUCGUUGAAAAAUUCAAAAAAGCUUCCGAAAAUGAGAGGUUUCGCACAAAAGCUGGCAUUUAUAAAAGCACCGUUCGCCGUCUCGUAGCUGCCAAAAACUUUCGCUUCGUAGAAGAAAUUCUCGAGGAUCAGAAGAAAUAUGAGGAUAUGUCGAAAGAAGGUUUCAAUGCUCGUUUGAUUUCCCUCUAUGGUACAUCACGUAUGUUCGACAAUGCACGCAAGGUGUUUGAUGAAAUGCUUGAGAGAAAAUGCGCUCGGACGGUGCUGUCUUUCAAUGCGCUGCUGGGAGCUUGUGUUAAUUCGAAGAAGUUUGAUGAAGUUGAUGGGUUGUUUAGAGGGUUAUCGAAGGAGUUACAGAUUGAACCCGAUUUGGUUUCUUAUAACACGGUUAUGAAGGCGUUUUGCGAAAUGGGUUCGUUGGACUCAGCUGUUUCGUUGCUAGAUGAGAUGGAGAAGAAAGGUUUGGAGCCUGGUUUGAUUACUUUUAACACGCUUUUAAAUGGGCUUUAUGCAAAUGGAAGGUUUGAUGUUGGAGAGAGGAUUUGGGGGCGGAUGAAGGAAAAGAAUGUUAAGCCGGAUAUUAGGAGUUAUAACGAGAAGUUGCUUGGAUUGGUAUUGGAGAAGAGAAUAAAAGAUGCGGCUAAGGUUGCUGAAGAAAUGAAGAGUGAUGGGAUUGAAUUUGACACCUAUAGUUACAAUGCUUUGAUUAGAGGAUUUGUUGAUGAGGAUGAUUUGGAGGAAGCCAAGGGUUGGUAUGAUAAGCUAAAAAAAUCUGAUUGUAAACCGGAUAAAUAUACUUUCAAGAGAUUGAUUCCUUUUGCCGUUGAGAAGGGUGAUUUAGCUUUUGCUUUUGAGCUUUGCAAGCAUGUUCUCAGUAGCAAGUUGCUUGUUAAGGAGGCAUUGAUACAACCUGUGUUGGAUGCAUUGGCUAAGGAGUCAAAGAUCAAUGAAGCAAAGAAGCUUGUGCAACUCAGCAAGGCACGUCGUUCUGAUUCUUUAAAGUUGAAAUUGCCUUCAAUUUAG